AUGUUCUUGGAACUCAUCGAGGGAUGCGGUCGUCAUAUUCGUGCUCACGACGGGCAGUGUUUCUUCUACACUUCUCACGGACACUGGGCGGCUUACAAUGGCGUGAUACCGCAGGGGACUUUGGCCCGCUGCAAGAGCUACCUGAUGUAUCUGGAAGGGUUGUAUUCCAAGUUUGGUCCGAAUACUCCCCGGAAUGAAGACGGCAUUCUUGCAGCUGCCCAGGCGAUCCUCUCCGAGCACAACGGUUCCUGCGCAAUGUUAUUGAGCGAGUGUGCGCGAGCCGCCAUCUGUCGCGUGCCUCCUGCGAAUGCGAAGUCGAAGCAAGCCGGUCAAGAAAAGGAGGAAGAUGAGGAACACGGCAAAGGCGGCUAUACAUCGUGGACCACGGCAAUGGCCAACACUAUUGGCAAGCUCUACGUCAAAUUGCAGACAUCGUUGCUCAAUGACACCGUGAUCAAGUACUACGUGGCGUGGUGUUCGAAGGAUGUUCAGCGACAAGGCGGCUUCUGCACGUUGGAUGGAUGCUUCGUGUUCGAACAGGAUGGAGGGCUCAUCACUGUGGCCAGAAAUCCGGAAGCCAAUGUCUACAUCUUCAUUCCCCACCGGAUGCUGGAUCCGAUACCGGAGGAGGUGAAACAUAGAGUCAAGGUGUUCUGGAAUACAACAUACUGGGGAAAUGGUCCUGCCUUCGAAGUCUGCAUGGCCUCCUGGACUCUCGCUCUCAGAGGAGAAAAUGUGGACAGAGCAUUCUGGGGUAUCGGAUCCGGAGGUGUAGGAUGGAAGCGUUUCGAAUUGAACACUUAUCCGUUCAGUGGAGUCACUGAAGAAACACUGGACUCCAUGCUACGCCGAACCGUUGCUUGCCGAUACAAGGCCUGUUUUGUGGAUCCUCAGCGAAUUGCGGGCAAGGAGGCGGAAGCUGCAGCCAGUGGAGUAUUUCCACGUGAUCCGACGUUAAAGGAUUUCCUGCGAGACAAACCAGCCUGCUUGGUGACUCUUCGCUUCCUGUGGAACUACGCCCGAGGACAUACAGCUGAUCAGUGUCGCACUGUUCUGGAGAACUACGUCGUCCACGGCGGCGAUGAAGGCCUUACAAGGAUUGCUGUGCGCACAAGCUGCGGUCUCUCGGUCGAUAACGAGGGAGUGUCCGAUCGAGUCCAGCAGGUCCUCGCAGCUUUGACUGUCGAGGGAGCCCGUCAGCCGGAGCAAGUAGAUGAGAUGGCACGAGCCAGGCAAGCGAAGAAAGAGGAACAACAGAAAAUCUCGGAUGAGAUCAAGACAUGGCUGCGGGACGAAGGCAAGGAUUGGUUCACUGCAGCUCAGGCCAAGGUGGCCAAGGCCUCCGUCAGUUUCGGUCGUGGAGAGGCAGCAAACGUGGUGCAGGAACUAGCUCGAGAUGGUUACUUGCUGUCGCAGACAAGAGAUCUUCCAAAGGCCGGAC